UCCAAAGGGGGAGGGAGAGGUUGCUUGCCUGCAGACCAAACUAUUAUGGGACGGAGCGAUGUGGCUCAAGAGCAGCGCAGCAUCACCAACAAACGCGGAUUUAGUUUAAGGCAGUACAACUAUUUUCAUGACUAGUCUGUGAAAGAGCGCUUAACCGGAAAACGUGCGAGAUAACUACACAGCCAGGCAGGUAAAACCGAGACCUGGCUAUACCGCGGGUCUGAAUAUAUAUUCCUCUCCCAAACAGUGCAGGAGCAAGACUGCGUAGGUGUCCAUCCAGCAUACUGCUCGAAGAACAAGGAUCAACUACAACAUAGGCCUAUAGGCUACGUGGAACCAUCAAGUGAUGUCAGUAAGAGCAAAGACGGAUCAAGGAUUCCAAUAAACUUUAAGAAGAAAGCUCAGAUAACCCAUCUGCAUUACAACGUCAGUUCUUUCAUCCAUCCGUUGGGACUGGGAAAGUGCUUGAAGGAGAAGGACCACAGAAAAAGAACGCAGACAUUAUUUUGAGAAAUAUAUAUUGCUUUUUGGUUACAUCUUGGAUAAAGAAAUCGACUUCUUAUAGUUAUGGAAGUCGCUGCGGAUCAGUCUCGGUGGAUGGCGCAUCACCAUGCCGUGCUAAAUGGUCAGCACCCGGACUCGCAUCACCACAGCCUGACCCACAACUACAUGGAGCCUAUGGCGCCGCUUUUGCCACCCGACGAAGUGGACGUGUUUUUGAACCAUUUGGACUCUCAGGGGAACCCCUACUAUGCUAACUCCCGGGCCAGGGUUACAUACAGCCAGGCACAUGCUCGACUUGGGAGUCAGGUUUGCCGGCCACACCUCAUACACAGCCCCGGCAUUCCGUGGCUUGACAGCGGGAAGGCGGCCCUCUCUGCAGCUCACCACCAUAACGCAUGGGCGGUCAGCCACUUCAGCAAGCCCGGGCUGCAUCCUGCUGGCUCCGGCUACCCCUGCAGUAGUAGCUCCAGCACUGCUCCGGUGUCUUCCCUCACCCCCGCGUCUCAUUCCAGCCCACACCAUCUCUACAGUUUCCCUCCUACGCCUCCCAAAGACGUAUCGCCGGACCCCGGCCCUACUUCUCCAACAUCCACUUCUACGAGAAUGGAAGAAAAGGAGUCCCUCAAGUACCAAGUGUCACUGGCAGACGGAAUGAAAAUGGAGGGUUGCAGUCCUCUCCGCAACAGCCUGGCUUCGAUGAGUGCCCAGACUCCAGCAACACAUCACCCCAUCCCGACAUACCCAUAUUCUCUCCCAACACCACACGAAUACAGCGGCAGCCUCUUCCAUCCGGGUAGCCUGCUGGGUGGUUCUUCAUCCAGCUUUACACCGAAGUGUAAAAGCAAAGCCCGGUCGUGCUCAGAAUUCUGCUCAGAGGGGCGUGAAUGUGUCAACUGCGGAGCCACCUCCACCCCCCUGUGGCGGCGGGACGGGACGGGCCACUACCUGUGCAACGCCUGCGGGCUUUACCACAAGAUGAACGGCCAGAACCGACCCCUCAUCAAGCCCAAACGCAGACUGUCCGCUGCGAGACGAGCUGGCACCUGCUGCGCUAACUGUCAGACCACCACCACCACCCUUUGGAGACGUAACGGCAAUGGCGACCCGGUGUGCAACGCCUGCGGGCUCUACUACAAACUACACAACGUCAACAGGCCAAUGACCAUGAAGAAGGAGGGCAUACAGACACGCAACCGCAAAAUGUCCAGCAAGUCCAAGAGGGGCAAGCGCUCCGGUGACGGCUACGACGAGCUGUCCAAAUGCAUGCACGACAAGUCCUCUCCCUUCGGCGGCGGGCCCGGGCUGGCUGGACACAUGGCCCACAUGGGUCACCUCCCACCCUUCAGCCACUCCGGACACAUGCUGCCCACCCCCACGCCCAUCCACCCCUCCUUCGGCCACCCCCACCACCACUCCGGACGGUCCCCGGCCUGGGCGGAGCACUGAAGCCCUUCCGGGCACACCGUGGCCCCACCCCGCUCCACGUCAUCCCCCAUCGCCGUGGGACCCCCUCGUGGGGAGGACUCUAACAGGGGCAAUGGCUCACUGUCACCUGGACAUGGUUUCACCUCAUCGAGAGAAUGGUGGAGAGGAGACGCGUCGAAGGGGAACGUGGUUGUGUCGAGUCGCUCCCUUGAAGAGUGUGGAACAUCGUGGGUGCAAAUAGGGACAUUCAUGGUCCUUUUGCCUUUUUUACUGAGUCACUUUGGUACCCCCCUCCGCCACCGUAUUUCAUUAUAACCUCCCAUGCUUUCGACAGACUGCUGACACCGUGGGUAUGAGAGACUUUCUGAACCAGCCUCCCCCACACACACACACACACACACACACACCCACACACACACACACACACACACUUGCUGGAACACACCAUGCAUCCAUCUGGUCCCCUGUUUCUUAAAGACUUUUUGGAAAACAGAAGCAAGCAAGCAGAAAGUUUAAUUUACCUGUUAUUAUUGUCGUUAUAAUUGAUGUUAUAAUUAUUAUGAUAAUUUAUUUUCACUUUUCCUUGCUUUCUUCAGAACACACGGAUAUUGUUAUUAUUAUAAUUUCAUUGUUAUUAUGUAAAGAAAAAAACACUGACUUAUCUUAAACCAGACAUUGUUCCUGAGCUGUAUGUUU